AUGGCAAAGAUGAACAAACUGGUGACGUCCUCGCGACGGAAGAACCGCAAGGCGCACUUCAACGCCCCCUCCCACCUGCGCCGACGCAUCAUGAGCGCGCCGCUGAGCAAGGACCUCCGCCAGAAGCACGGCGUCCGCUCCAUGCCCAUCCGCAAGGACGACGAGGUCCAGGUCGUCCGCGGCCACUUCAAGGGCCCCCAGUUCGGCAAGGUGGUCAGCUGCUACCGCUCCAAGUACGUCAUCUACAUUGAGCGCGUCCAGCGGGAGAAGGCCAACGGCGCCACCGUCUACGUCGGCAUUCACCCCUCAAAGGUCGUGAUCGUCAAGCUGAAGAUGGACAAGGACCGCAAGCAGAUCCUCGACCGAAGGGCCGAAGGCAAGCGCCUGGCGGAGGGCAAGGCAAAGGGCAAGCACACCGACGAGUCGGUGGCGAUGGAGACCGCUUAG